AUGGCGUCUCCGGUAUCACUUUCGUCUGCCCACAAUUCCGCCUUGUAUCAACAAUCCGCCCGACCAAUGUCCCGGCCCAUGGUUUCUCGUUCCGGGUCCAGACGGGUGUCGCCAGCGCUGCAGUACGCCGAAUCUAAGGCAUCGGUCUCAAAAACUUACACUGGGGAUAGCUCUGAUGAUGAAGUACCGGAGCCAAAGUUCAGCGCCUCAGUAAAGGCUCUCCUUGAUGGAGACGGGCUGGGAUCCUCUCCUCAUCUACACAGAGGCCAAAAACAGUAUCAAUACCAGCAGCAGCAACAACAACCACAACUCUCUUCUUCAUACGAACGCCGCUCGUCAGCCAAUCUGCGACAACAGAGUCAGUCGCCUCGAAAUUCAUCACCACAUGAUCAAUCAAAUGGAAGCCCGGCCCCGCGAGUCGUCCGAAUCGGCGCAAUUUCGUCUUCGUCAGCCAGAUUCUCCCGCGAGGGCUCUCCACUAGCAAACAGCCACGCCGCUGAAUCUGAAGUGCGCGACCGUCAGAACGAUUUCAUCACACCCGCGCCGCGACCGCGAAGCGUACGAAUCAACGCGUCGCGAAGCAACACCCGCUCUCCAUCAUCUGUCUCGCCUUCUGCAAAACGCUUAACAGAUCGCCAAUCGGGCGAAAAGUAUGGCAGUGGCGAACGUUCAGAUGGCGACUGGAAAGCGCGCCAAGAAGAUGACUAUUUAUCGCGUCUUGGGACGUCAUCAGUGUUACGCAGUCGUGCCGGCGACGAAGCUGCUCCACACAGUUCCCUCCGAGUAAAGCGAGUCGGUCGGCUGACGGGUACCUUUUUGAAUGGUCCAGCGCGCAGGGGAGUGUUACGGCGGCAAAGCGAGGAGAAUGAUGAAGAGGUUCAUUUGAGGCACGAGGAUAUCAUCCAGGAGCACGAGGCGCGACGAGAAGCCGAUGAUGAGCAUUAUUACCAGCCCCGAAGCUCUACCAAAGCGUCUUCGCCCAAGGUGUCAUGGGCAGAUCCCAACCCCAGCCCAGAAGAACGUGCAUACGAUCAACAGCCGCAGCGUCUACUUUCAGACAGGUCUGCGAGUCGAGCCAGCGGAGAGUGGUUGUUCUCAAGGUCUGCGUCUCCAAAAUCCAAUGGGUCUCAUUCCAAGUCAACGCCAGUUCCCUCAGAGAUAUCCUCUAAGUCAUCGGGUGAAAAAGAGCAGCCUGUCUACAAGGUACCGUCAUUGCCACCAUUAUUACCCUCUGCAAGGGAUCAAGAAAAUGAACCUCCGCCAACCUUCAAGCGUGCCAAAUCACAGGGCCUCGGUUUACUAGACAAACCCGAGAAAAUCUCUGUUGUAUACGACACGGACAAGAAAGAUGCAGCGGCAGAGACCCCCGUGGAUAGUGCAGCGCGAAAAGUCCUUGCCCACAGAAGCAGCAACACCCCACAUCGCCCUGCGCCUCCUCCACCGAAAAUGUCAGUUCUCGAGACUGCAACUGCCACGGGUGGUGCUUCUUCAUCUCAAGCAAGGAAGAAGCGGACACAGGUAUCCAUCAAUCACAAGCAUUUCACUCGCUUGGAUUGCAUUGGUCGAGGCGGCAGCUCGCGUGUGUAUCGUGUUAUGGCCGAGAACUACAAGAUCUUCGCGCUCAAGCGCGUCAAUUUGGAAGAUGUGGAUCCAGUCACCCUGACCGGGUACAAAGGUGAAAUCGAUCUCUUGAAAAAACUCGAGAAUGUGGACCGUGUUGUUCGGCUGUUUGACUGGGAGCUCAAUUUGGACAAACAUUGUCUCAGUGUCUUGAUGGAAAUUGGCGAGUCAGAUCUGGAAAAGAUUCUUACCUACCGUCUGAAUGCUGAAGAUGCCGUGUUUGAUAUCAACUUUACUCGAUUUUACUGGAAAGAAAUGCUUGAGUGUGUACAAGCUGUACAUGAACACAACAUUGUACACUCGGACCUGAAGCCGGCGAACUUCCUCAUGGUCCAAGGUCGACUGAAAUUGAUCGACUUUGGGAUUGCGAAUGCGAUCCAAGACAAUACCGUCAAUGUUCAUCGCGAGCAGCAAGUUGGCACGCCGAAUUACAUGUCUCCAGAAGCCUUGGUGGACUCCAACGCCUCUCUUGGCUUACCAGCAAGUAUGGGCAAAAUGAUGAAGCUGGGCAAACCCAGCGACGUGUGGAGCCUGGGGUGCAUUCUUUACAAGAUGGUAUAUGGGCAACCGCCUUUUGGAAAGAUUGCCAAGUAUUAUGAGCGAAUCAUGGCCAUUCCGAAUCCGCGCAUCCCGAUUGACUUUCCCAGUCAUGGUGUUGGUGGUGUGCCGGUGCCGUCUGGGUUGAUCAAGACGUUGAAGCGAUGUCUUCAACGAGAUCAGACUUUGCGCCCGACCAUUGAGGAAAUGCUUGGUCCUCGUGACCCGUUCCUUCAUCCGGACGCACAGCUGGAGGGCGCUGUACCUGUUACCCAAGAUAUGCUCGGCCGUAUCCUGGCCAAUGUUGUCAAUCACUGCAAAGCCAGAGGUAUACCAAGGGAAGAAGAGCUUGCUGCCUGGCCAGCGGGCUUCUUUGCAAAAAUCAAAGCGGCUCUUGAAGAAGAAAAUGUCUAA